UGAAAACUACAUUUAAUAAAAUAAGCAAACCAGGGGCGAGUCCAGGGUUUUGCAAGGGGAAACCACACCCCCACCCCACCCUUGGGACCAGGGGGAAAGUUUCCCCCAGAAUUGGCCUGGGAGGUAUGGCCUUACACUCCGCCUAAAGUUUCCCGCCAUUUCUCUCAAUGUGGUGGUCUUUUUUCCUUUCAAGAAAUAAAUAAAUCCACAUUCCAAAAUGCCGUCGUUAAGCUGGAAGCACCAAACUCUGAUUCAAGCGUUGAUCACUCGUGGCCCUCUCAAGGAAAAUGACUUCCAUCACAUCUUCUCUGCCGUAACGGGCAGGAAUCCAGGUGCUCAUCAGGAGCUGUUUAAUGAGUAUCUCCUAAAGAUAAAUAGGGAGCUAUCAUCAUGUCAGUUUGAGUUGCGAGGGUGCAGAGACCAAUAUGAUGGCCAUGUUUGUUAUGGGGUGGUUAACAAUGUUGCUGACGAACAGUCCAAGCUUGGAACAAAAUACUCUGUUCCACAGAUUGCUUUCUAUAAGGGCAUUAUAGAAGCAAUUGCUCAAGAUGUGAUGGCUCAAGGUAGCAUAUCCAACAUUGAUGCUCUCAACAUACAACUAGAGAAUCAGGUUCUUGCUGGUAUGGGAUCACAGUCACAAAAUGGUGUGCAUGUCCCUGCUGCAUUCAGAAAUUUCACAAUGUCUCAGAAGGAAAAAACUUUGGAUGAGCUGGUGCAGGACAAGUGGCUUUGUUACACAGAAGAUGGUAAAAUAGGACUUGGUGUCAGGUCUUGCCUUGAUUUGCGGAGUUGGUUCCGCAAUCUGGAUGUUCCUUCCUGUGAAGUGUGCAAUGAAGCUGUACUGAAGGGAGAAUUGUGCCAAAGUGAAGGUUGCGUGACUCGAAUUCAUCACUACUGCCUAAAGAAGAAAUUUUCUCAAAAAAGGGGCGAAGUAGUUUGUCCAAGUUGUGGCAUGCAGUGGCAGUUUGAAGCACCUAAAGAAGAACCCUUAGAGGGGGAGGUGAAUGGGUUAAGUGAGAGUGCAGCAUCUAAGAGAAAGAGGCUUAGAAGUGCAGAUGGUGGUGGUAGUAGUUCUUCUCAAGCUUCCAUACGUAGCUCUGAUACAAGAAGAGUGACUCGAAGUUCUCGUCAAAUGUAAAUGCUCUUAUUACUGAGUAUAAGAUGGAAACUGCUUAACUGGGUAUCGUGUUGUGGUGUAUUUUACUUGGAUUAUUGAUUAGCUUUAGCAAGAAGCUGAUUACUUCAUUUCAUAAAAAUUGAAUAUUUUGCUUUUUGAUUUAUUGAAUUCAGUAUGGACGAUAAA